CUCUCUGUUUAUCUUCCCAGGUGCUGACCGCCUCAGACAGCUUUCAGAGAACACCACCUACUUCCGCAGAAGACUCUGCGAAAUGGGCUUCAUCAUCUACGGCAACGACGACUCGCCUGUAAUCCCCUUGAUGCUUUACAUGCCUGCCAAAAUAGGGGCGUUUGGUCGGGAGAUGUUGAAGAGAAACAUCGGCACGGUGGUCGUCGGAUUCCCAGCGACACCCAUCAUCGAGUCGAGGGCGCGCUUCUGCCUUUCUGCCGCCCAUACCAGAGAAAUGCUAGACACAGCGCUGGAUGCCGCUAAUGAAGUGGGCGACCUACUGCAGCUGAAGUACUCCAGACGUGAGCAGCCUCGUCCCUCGCUUGGAUGGAUGUCCGAAGAAAACCUGUUUCAGGAUUGAGCCACAUCCUCUCGCUUCCCUCCACCCAACUUUACUGUUCCUCCCUUACUUCAUAUUUUCUUGCCUGAUAUCACUGAUCUUCCUCUGAGCCAGUCUCUCAACCUCUACUGGGCCAUAUCACCUCACAUCCCACUCCAAUGGGCUCGCCAGAACCUAAGUCUCAAUAGGUCGCUUAAAAACAUGCACAUUAGCAUCACUCGAUAGCAUGCGUGCAGUUUGUGAACUGUAUGUCCCUCCUAACUUGUUUUUGACCACAACGUCAAGUCUUAUAACUGUGUGCACAUUGAAUGUGUCUGAUUUGUGCAAUAAUAACUAGGAAUAUAUUUGUUAUCAAACAAGUACAUCGAUAUAUGUCACGAUUUCAUACUCGUGCACUUGGAAAAAGAAAAAACUAAUCAUAGCUAAUGCUACGAUGAACACAAGAGGAAAAAAUAUAUAUGUGUAAAUAUUAUUUAUCCCCAUGUUGGCAAUGCUGCCUUAGGGUGGCAUCCCAGACCUCAAAGAGAUACACAAAAUAAUGAAGGAGUAACAUUAGCACAUGUACUCCAUAUGUAUUUAUCUAAAAGGCUUCUUUUUCUACUUUUACUUGAAGAGAGUAUAGAAUAUCGGGGUUCUUUCCCUAACCAAAAAGGAUGUAUAUGUAUAGAUAUGUUUCGUACCUUUUUCUCUUAGAAAUGCAAUGCAGAUGUCCCACAAGAAAAUAUUAAACAGGGGAAGAAUCCCAGGGGAGCAGGAGUAAGGAUCAUUUUUACUGCUUAUUUCCUACAAAUAUGUGUAAGCCUUAUUUACUGUUUACACCUGCACUCAAAGGCCCAGUGUCUUUAACAUUUCUGUAAGCUAAUUAGCUACACGUGUGAUUUAUUUAAAAAAAAUCCUUCUCACUCAAGUGCUUUCAUGUGAAUCGGCGCAGAGCACAUUGCCUCGCUGUGACUUAGAUCUGUAUGUAUGACGACGAUGCAGCCAUGCCCGUCUGACUUAUAGAUCGCUUUAUUUAUUUUGAAAUGUCUUAAUCAUCUUAUUUUUGUGAAGGAAAAAAAAGGUUUUUAUCCGGAAGGCAGCUCCAAAUGUGUCUUAGUGUGCGUUUAAACUGAUACUUCUUAUCUUCGGUGCCAGCACUACUGAUAGGCAUUGUGAAUGCACAGAUGAAGUAGUCACUGGAAGAUAUGGAACUAUGCUUCAAAUGUCAUUGUCUUUGCUUCGUCUUCUGGAAUGACAUUCCAUUUCAACCUGCUUUUAGUGUCAAGUGUUUUAAGUUUUUGUCUGACUUUUCUUGUGUGAGGUCACCCCAAACAUGGCGCACAUGCCACUGUUCAUGUGCGUUUUUUAUGUUCUACCACUAAAUUGAUGUGAAUUGGAGUGAAGCCAGUCAGAAAGCUGGUCAUCGCCUGGCUAUGUGACCAUUCCUACAUAUGUUCAUCAAAGUGAUACAACUCAAAUCAAGUUUAAACAAGCUUGAGUUGAUGUUUUGUGGCAUUUUAGCACAGCAUGCUAACUGUUUGGGGUUUCUUUUUUACUGUAAAUUCAAUUCAUUCCAACAUUGCUGUUGUUUUAUUUCCACAGACAAUGUCUUGAAAUAAUGACUCUGUGAUGCUUUUAAUAAAUAUAAUAUAAAAGGUGGAACACAUGACUAUGAUCUGGAAUUGCACUCUUCAGAAAUAUGCUCUGACAUAAUAAAAAAAAAUCGUCAAAGUUUCCUCUCAAGCUGUCUGAAGCACUAUGCAGCAUGUUAAGUCUCUACAUUUCUGCCUAUGGAGGCACAAUUGUAAUUGCAACCAGCAACGUGAAUGUUUCUCUCAGCCAGGUUUCCCUCAUUGAAACUGAGGAAUUGAACUCGAGAGAGUUUAUAAAAAUGUUUGGAACUCUUUGAUGUAAUGUUUCCCGCCUGCCUUCCACAAAUACCUGCGAACUGACCUGCAUUGACCGCUGCAAACAUGCUUAUCAGUUGCUUUUGCCCUUGGAAUUGUAUAUGGGUUGAAGAUAAACCACUUAGAAGAGUUUGCAAAACCAUGAUGUUUGUUGACCAUGCUGUUGGAAACAGGGCUGCGAAGAUUAAAUCACUUUCUUUGUAU